CUUGAAGGAAUUCGUAGAAAAACUCACGCCAUAUUUUCACCUAGAAAACCAUGAUAUUGUGACAGUUUCAACUAAUGAUUAUCAAUGAGCACAAAAUCUGUGAAGGUAAUGAGAAGCCGACAAUCAUUUUUUUCCGAAGUAUUGAUCAUCAAGCAGGCCAUGGUACAUGGUUAUCAAAAAUUUUCCCAAUGUUUUGCAACAACAAUUUCACAAUUAGAUUGAAAAGCAUGUGUCCAGAAAUUGUGGCCAAUGUUCAGCCGGGUUAUGUAAAUGUUCUGCAACUAUGGCCUUCGUGUAUUAUUACUGAGUACUCCAGAUACUUCAGGGACAAUGUUUGUUCGGAAUUCGAUUUAAAUGCAACAUUUUAAUUGUUUGGGCCCGCCAUCAAUAACAAUGAGGUAUUGGUGUAUUAAGGAAUAAUAUUUUUAGACGGCUACUUUUUAUUUUUUGGAAAUUUCGAGCAUAAAUAA